CGCGCUCAGCUUUCAGCAGUCACUCUCACUCUCUCACUCACUCAUAUCUCAGUGCAUUCCUUCCGAAGCGGACUAUCGGCUCGAGCCUAUAAUUUUUCUCCCGCGCGUCUGGUUCCUUGCACAUAGAACGCACAGGCAGCACGAGACGCGGCUCUCCCGGUCAAAGUUAAUGCAAAGCCUCCGUUUUUUACGAUAAAACGGUCGCCGAUCCAAAGUUAUUUCGAGAUAUGUAAGGAUUGUCCGGGUUUUUUCUGCGUCUACGGCGCGAAACAGGCAUCCCCACGCCCGGUGUGGCAGCAGCAUGGCGGGAAACAACGACAGCCUCGCGGAGUUCCUCCAGUGUCUCGAGCGGAGGAACGUCUCCCUGAGCCCGGGAACGCCGAACGGCACCGCGAACGCCACUUGUGGCAACGUUACCGCCCUCACAAAACCCCCGUCCGGUCGCCAAAAAGAAAUGGACUCGUUCCGUAUCCUGCUCUACGCGCUCAUCUUCGUCCUGAGCGUUGCGGGCAACCUCCUUAUCAUCGUCGUCUUGGCGAUGAACAAGCGCAUGCGCACGGUGACAAACUGCUUCCUGCUGUCGCUCGCGCUCAGUGACCUGAUGAUGGCGCUCUUCUGUAUGCCCUUCACGCUCAUCCCCAACAUCAUGGAGGACUUCAUCUUCGGCGCUGCCAUGUGUAAGAUCGUGGCCUACUUCAUGGGUAUCUCGGUCUCCAUCUCCACCUUCAGCCUGGUGGCCAUUGCCAUCGAGCGCUACAGCGCUAUCUGUAACCCCCUCCAGUCGCGGGCGUGGCAGACGCGCUCGCACGCCUACCGGGUCAUCGCGGCCACCUGGGUACUGUCUCUGGCCGUCAUGCUGCCAUACCCGGUGUUCAGCGGGCUGCGCGCUUUCCCCAAGACGGACGGCUCGGUAGGACACAUGUGUAGACUGCACUGGCCCAGCGGGGAGGCCGAGCAGACCUGGUAAGUGGGGUGGGAUUGGUGUUAGCAUUAGCCUACUGUUAGCAAAGCACUAACUAGCGUUAGCUCAGCCUUAGCUUGCAUUAGCCUAAUGUUAGCUUAGCAUUAGCCGAACGUUAUUUAAGGACGAGAGUGAGCCUACUGUUCACAAAGCACUAGCAACUAAUCGAACGAUACAGACAAGUGAGUAUUUGAAUACCGAUUCAAAAACUAGCGCCGCGGCAUCUGAAUCCAUUGCCUUAAUUUCCACUGUUUCCCUUCCCUUCCAUUUUAUCUAAACGAGGUGAACAAGCCAAUCAGUGAAGCCCUAUGAAUUAAACAUCUCCUGUUGUAACCGGGUGGCCUGGCUGCCUUGCGCACAAUC